GUUUAAACAUUACCAAUAACUGCCGACGUAAUGGAAUAAGCUGAUUAUUGAUUACAUCUGUGGAAUAUUUUUAAUUAUUGAUUGAUGUCCAAAAAUAAACGCACUCAAGGAUUUUUUUGGUUUGUUUUAUUGGUCUAGAACAAUUACUUUUGCUGGCACUUAACAAAAUGCUCAUUCAAAUAUGACGAUAGUCAAUUUGAUUGUCUCCAAUGUAUGCCGUACAUAAAUAAGCCGCCAUAAAGUUACAAGUGGAACAAAUGAAAUAAGUUCACUGAUAAGACAAGAUCAAUUCAAGAAACUAAUAAAAUAGGUGCAAUGGAAAAAGGAGUUCGUAAUUUUUUAUACUGGGUUGAUAAACAAAGCAAAGAUAUGUUGAAACAAAGUCGAGAGAUGUGUUCCGACUCAUCUCGAUCGACAAAAUCUGACUUCAUGAAAUCAAAUCGUUUUCCCAAAUGUGCCAGGUGUCGUAACCAUGGAAUGGUAAACGAUCUAAAAGGUCAUAAAUAUGUCUGUCGUUGGAGAAAUUGCACUUGUCAAAACUGCGCUAUAGUUAAAGAUAAGCAACGUAUUACAGCAUCGAGAGUUGCCAAGCUAAGAAAAAUGAGAAAAGUUUACUCGGACAAAUUGGAUUCAAGUGCGGACGUUAUAAACAACAAAAACGAUAGCUAUAUCGAGUCUUAUAAUGAAGACCUCGAUGAAAGAUCAACCGGAUCACCUGCAUCUAUUUCAACUAUUUCAACAAAUUCCGAAAGCUAUGCAUCUUUCGAUACAACAACCGACAUCGAUCAUCACUACCGAGACAUACCCCCUCAGUUUCGUCCACUAAUAAUAAAACACGCACCUGUAAUAGUGAAAUGUCCUUGCUCAGAAUGUAACUUAUGCGUUCAACAAGAUUGUGAAAAUGAUUAUUACUCCAACUUAAGAUAUCUUGCAGAUCUUUUCCCAAUGUGUUCUAUAAAAACUCUUGGAGAAGCUUUGCUGAGAGCUAAAGGAGACGUUAAAAGAGCUUUAGAGCUAAUGAGAUAACCUUUUUACUUUCUUUUUUUUUUAUUUCUUGAAAGAUAUAUUUUAUGUAAUUUAUCUUUAAGCCAUAUUUUUUAUUUUUUUAUUUUCGAAAAAAUCAUGUAAAUAUAAUGUAAAUAUCUUUGAAUUAAAACUGUAAAUUUGUAUUUAUAAGAAGAGUUUAUGGAAAAUCUUAAAGCAUUAUAGUUUUUAAAUUUUAA